AUGUGGCGUCGACGAAGCACUACACCUGGCUUGCUUGCCGGCGCGCGCGUGCGUGCUUCGAUGCGCGGCGCUUCAUCGAGCUGGCCGGACCGCGGAAAUCUUCGGAGCCAGAGCCGAAGGAGGCGACAAAAUGCUGCUGCUAUGGCUGCGUCCUCGGAGGCAGCAGCUGCCCCUUGCCGACCUCACCAACCUCCGACGUCCGCCAUGAGCUCCGCGCAGGACCCCUUCUACAUCGUCCGGGAGGAGAUCCAGGGCUGGAUCGGUAAGCUGCAGACUACGUUCUAUCGCUGGGAGCAAGUUUCUUCAAACAACGGAGAAUAUGUUCAUCUGACAAUAUCAUCGUUGGGAGCAAGUUUCUUCAAACCUGAUUACUUUGUCAUCAGGCUGGCUGAUUGCAUCCAACUCAAAGAGUUCCACAUUUCUAACUUGAGGGUUCCACUUGCACAUGAUGGCCCCACAACUCCUUAUGGCAAGCAGUUUCCUGCAGCUGACAACAAGGUAAGCAAACAUCAUGUUCAGUUCCUGGAGCGUAUAAAUGUGCUACUUUUCAUCUCUCAAAUGAGCCACGCACUUGGUAGUUGCUUUGUUCAUCCAAAAAUGUGA